AUGGAAAAUAAAGUAUUUUAUAUCAAAUAUCUUGACAACCAGUCAGUGAAAAUCAAAACUCACUUUGAUGGAGAACUAGAGAGAAAAACCCCAAUUUAUAGUGUUUUGAAACUAAUUGCUGCUUACAAGACUGCCACCACUCCUCUCCUUGACGCUAUUCCUGUUGACGAGCUCACUCUCCAUUAUGUGGUGAAUGGUCCAGCAAUUGCUUGGAAUGAACCCCUGGCCUCCAUUCAACAUCCAGUUGGUUUUUACGGCCAUUCACUGAUUAUAAAAUCAAGGAGUGGUGUGAAUGUUGUAAAGUUUUCCAAUCCAAACCAAAUUCCCAUGAGUGCCAUUGAUCUCUUGGAAUGGCUUUCUGGAUCGAAUAAUAGUUUUACAGUUGAUUUGGCUGACAAACAAGUGCUAUCUCAGCAGCAAACCAAUCUUAAUCAAAAAGUUGUAUUUCCGCUGGCUGGUCGAGAGAAAUCGCUCCAGCACAUUGCAUCAUGCUUUAUGGCCACCUAUCGACAUCGUAGCAAUAUUGAUCGGAAUUUAAGACCUGUUCCUGUAUGUACUGAGUGCUCUAUCACAGUUUUAGACAUGACAGAGACUCAAGGCAAACGACUUUCGGCAUCGUUUCUUUUGGAAAUGACACGAACCCAUAUGGCAAAAUUGACAAGCUCCUUGGAAUCAAAUAAAACUCGAGACAACAUACUUUUAUUUGUGGGAGUUGACGAGUAUCAAAAACUCGGUCAAGAUGAACUGAGUUCUCUGCUGGAUAUCUUGUGUGCUUCUUCUUAUCGUGCUAAAGUGUCAAGGCUUACACUUUUCUACUGUCCGUUUUCUGAAUCAUCGCUACCUUCUGCAAGAAACCUUACUUGGAGUCAAAUGGUUUCAAACGGGAUGUGUCAAAUUCAAGAUGAUGGUCAAGUGAUUGUACCGUUCCAUAUCACUGUUCAGGCUUUGAAGAGGCCAUUGAGUCAAAGCGUCGGUCUAAACCAAUUUGAAGCGGCACUCCUAUCAUCGUUGAAUGGUUUGUCGCUUGACGUUGAAUAUCCAUUUUCCAACAUGACUCGUUGGUCAUCAUGGGAGUAUUUUGGCGCUAGUUUCUACUGUAUCAGAAUCAACUCGUUUCUUGUAUUGGGAAUAUCGAUACUUUCUUUGUCUGAUAUACUGCAUGAAUCGCGGUUUGAUUCAGGUAUUUUCAAUACUCAAGUUCACAUCAGAAUUGCUGAAGUUUUCCAAUCAAACGAGCAAUAUGGACCUGAUAUGCCACGGAUGAUCACUCGGAAAGACACCAGCUAUUAUUCCGUUGACUGGGUUGGCGGCGAGACAUUGCAAAUUGUAAUCAAUGUUUUGGAUCAACGAAAACGACUUGGUUCUGAUAUUACAAACUCAGAUCUGACCACUUUCCGAUCGAAAUUACCGAACCCGCCAGCAUUUUUAAACAAGUUCAAGUUGGACUCUGUUUUUGGUUUGAUGAGCAUAUAUUCACAGAUUAACAUUAACCAUGUUCCAGAUUCAACGUAUUUUGUUUCUGCAUCAGAUUAUCUGUAUUUUCAUGGUCCACUCUAUGAUCAUCCAGGUUGUUCUAUGGCCAUUGAUGUCAAUUCUGCAUUGAAAACAUCGAUUAAACAGAUAUUCUGCGGUACCAAUGAUGAUCAGACGGAUUUGGCAAACAAGGUCAUUGAACAGUGCUACAACAAACGCAUUGCAAGCUAUGAUGAACUUGAAUCAUUGGUGUCACAAUGGGGUGGAAAGUUGGACGAGUCGGCUCAUGCAAGAAUCAAGUUUUAA